CAGGUAGUCGACUACUUCCGGUUAUCCUGCGGUAGGCGAGAAAAAAAAAAUCAAUGUAAAAGUUCAAGCAAAAGUUGUGGACAUUGUUCUAGCCUGCAGUCAUGGAUAAAGCAAAAAGGAAGAUGGAGACGCUAACAAGACUUACAAAUCAAGCUGUUGAUGAAUAUGAAAAUCUUUUAAAUGAACACAGAAAAACAAAAGAUGAGUGUGCAAAAAUACAACAUGAGAGAGAUGAGGCUGUCAAGCAACUCAAAGAGUUUGAGAGGGUUUCACACAAGGUUAUAGAAGAAGUUAAUGCCAUACAGGGCCAUCUGGAUAUUGAAACAACUUGCCGUAAAAGUGCAGAAGCGCUGGCUUCAAAGCUGAACAGACAGAACAGGUCUCUGAAAAGGCUAAGCAUGAAGUGUAUGGCAAAGCUGGGACCUGAAGUUCUUGCAGAAAUCAACAUUGAUGACGGAGAAGAAAAUGAUGAUUGUAAAACAUGCACCUCUGUUUCUUGUCAGCAACAAAAGAAAGAGCUACACAUGAAACUGCUGUCUGCAGAGGAAGAAAAGAAAAACGUUGCCAUUGAAUUACAGGCUUUAAAAGACAGGCUAGAAGAUGUCACAGAACAGCUAAUGAAAGAGAAACAAGAAAACAUUGUUUUGACUGCAGAAAUACUGAAACAAAAAAAAGUACUGAAUACUUACAACAGAGUGUCAUUGCUUGCUGUAGAAGAAUAUGAUGAAAUACACAGUAAACUGGAACUAGAAUCUGAUCUUCGGAAUAAAGCAGAGUCCUUUGCUCAUGAGAUGCUUGUGGAGCAGAAAGUACUCAAGAGGCAAAGCCAGUUAUUGAUGCAAUCUGUAUCACCAGGUGACCAACUUAUGAAAGCUUUGGAAGACAUUGCUUCUGUAACUCAAACCUUAGAAAGAGAAAGAAUUGAGCAUGCACAGAAGGUAAAAGAAUAUGAGGAACAACUAAGAAGCUCUGACUUGAAGAAAGAGAUUACCUUUUUGAAACGACAACUGGAUAUAUUAGAGGAAAAUAAGAAACAGUUUGAGGUGAGAUGUCAAAAGUCAGAAGAGCAGGCCAGAAAUCUGUCACACACAGUGGAAGAACUGAAGAAGGAGCUCCGUCAGGCAGUCAAUCCAAUGCCACCCCCUGCUCCCCCACCCCGCCACCUCCCCCACCGCCACCUCCCCCACCCCCCGCAUUUUCAGCUUUAUCCAACCCACUCAGCUCUCUCAUGUCCAUUAUUCGCAAGAGGACACAACCUUGCAGCAAUCUUUCCAAGACAGAAGGGGAUAAAGCAUUUCUUAAAGAAUCAGUAACAGGAGGCAGUCAAGAUCAAUUCAGAAAGCAGGCAAUUGAUGAAAUGAUGGACAGGAUCAAAAAGGGAGUUCACCUUCGACCUA